AGAAGACAGAACUAUACACUCCAUGUUGUAGAGAUGACUGUCAAUAGCGCCAUGGUCAAAGUGGCCGAGUGGACUGACGAAUCUGGAUUCCAACCGGUAGCCGCCAAAUAUAUUAGAAUCAAGCAGCCAUCCGACAUCGAGAGAAACCGGACCUACAUAGUGACCACCAUUGUUGAGGAACCAUACAUAAUGCUGAGGAAACCAGACCCAGGUGAGACUCUGACUGGCAACGACCGCUUCGAAGGCUACUGCAAGGAUCUUGCCGACCUCAUCGCUAAGAGGCUUGGCAUCAACUACGAGCUGAGAAUUGUAAAGGACGGGCAAUAUGGAGCUGAAAACUCAGAUGUAAAAGGUGGUUGGGAUGGAAUGGUUGGAGAACUCAUACGGAAGGAGGCGGACAUGGCAAUAGCUUCGAUGACAAUCACUUCAGAGAGAGAACGUGUGAUAGACUUCAGCAAACCCUUCAUGUACCUCGGGAUCAGCAUUAUGAUCAAAAAGCCAGUCAAACAGAAGCCCGGAGUGUUCAGCUUCCUCAACCCUCUGUCCAAGGAAAUCUGGGUCUGCGUCAUAUUCUCCUACAUCGGUGUCUCCAUUGUGCUGUUCAUCGUGUCCAGGUUCUCCCCCUACGAAUGGAGGCUCCUAUCUUACGACGAUCCUCAUCACCAUAGUCUUCAUGCGACGUCCUCGUCAUCUAAUGUCUUGGCCAACGACUUCUCAGUUCUCAACAGUCUGUGGUUCGCUUUGGGGGCAUUUAUGCAGCAGGGUUGUGAUAUCUCUCCGAGGUCAAUAUCCGGAAGGAUUGUUGGAAGUGUUUGGUGGUUCUUCACUCUGAUCUUGAUAUCAUCUUACACAGCCAACUUGGCUGCCUUUUUAACAGUGGAACGAAUGGUUGCUCCCAUCAACUCACCAGAAGAUCUUGCAUCACAAUCUGAAGUACAAUAUGGAACAUUGUAUCACGGCUCGACAUGGGACUUCUUCAGGAAAUCACAGAUCACCCUUUACAGCAAGAUGUGGGAGUUUAUGAGCUCAAGAUCACAUGUUUUUGUUCGCACAUAUGAUGAGGGGAUUCGCCGAGUUCGACAAUCAAAAGGGAAAUAUGCUCUACUUAUCGAAUCUCCUAAAAAUGAUUACAUCAAUGAACGUGAACCAUGCGACACUAUGAAAGUAGGCAGGAAUCUUGACUCAAAAGGCUUUGGUGUGGCUACACCUCUUGGCUCCCCACUCAGAGAGGUUGUAAAUUUAGCAGUUCUUUCAUUGAUUGAGACUGGAGAGUUAGCCAAGUUAAAAAACAAAUGGUGGUAUGAUAGGACAGAAUGUAAACAUGGAGAUAAGGAUACAUCAAGGAAUGAACUUUCACUGAGUAAUGUUGCUGGUAUAUUUUACAUCUUGAUCGGAGGCCUAAUCUUGGCAAUGGCUGUUGCACUCAUCGAAUUCUGUUACAAAUCACAUUCUGAAGCUACUCGGGCAAAGAUUCCAUUAUCCGAUGCUAUGAAAGCAAAAGCAAGAUUAACAAUUGGUGGAAGAGAAUUUGAUACUAGAAAGAGAGAGACGCUGUUUCAGUAUUAUUCUUCGGGAAAUGCAAUAAACCAGCCAGAAAGUGACCAGAUCCAUUCAAACACUCAUACACAAGUCUGAUGGUCAGCGACAACUCAGACAGCAGAAAUUUGCUGAAGAAACUUCUUAUCAAGUUGUGUGAUACUACCUCUUGUCACUCUUUUAAGUGAUCUCUCAAUACAAUGUAUUAGGGCAUAAAUUAAAAAUUAAGAUGUAAUUAUUAUUUUAAUUUGUAACUUUUAUAACAAUUAAUUCAUUUUUAUGUUUACAUUUGUAUUUCUAUAAUAUUUUGUUCUUCUUAUUUUUUUUUUCCUUGAAAGAGAGUUAAUGUAUUGUACAAUGUUUUUAAAAAUAUAUAUUAAUUAUUAUUUUAUUUUGAUAAGUAGCGCAUCGUUCAGUUUAUCCCUAUGAUGGAAUUCUAUUAAAAAAAAAUUAUAUAUGUAUCAUUGCUCCUCUCGAUGAGUUGCAUAAUUCUAAACAUAUAAUUUUAGUUUUAUAAUGUAAUUGUUGCUGUGAUUAAUUUAAAUAAUUUGUUUAACAUAUAAUGUUAAUUCCUAAUUACUAAAUUUAUGUAUUUAUUUGAUGAAUGUAAGAAAUUAUAUAUGAAUGUGAAUAUCUAUGCUUCGAGAGAUCAUAGUUUGGAAAAAAUUAUGCUGAUAGGAACAGUGAAGAAAAGUGCUAACCAUUAUCACGGCUGCUCAAGAUUUUAUUUUAAGCACAUCAUACGAUAUUAAUCAUUUGUGUUAUUUUAAUAAAACAACUUUGCUUUCCUACCCAUUACAUACAUAUACGGACAAUAAACCCAAUACUUUAACCAUUUCAAAUGUAAAUAUAAAUAAGAACCCUACAUAUUAUAAACUUUCCAUUCAAUAACAUCUAAACGAAAAAAUAUUAAAAAAAAAACUAUCUGUAUAUUUUUUAAUAUAUAGUUGUUAGAGUAAAUUUAUACCUGAUUUAUGUAGGAAUGUUUCAAUGUUCAACUUUUCUUUCUCCACCUUUUUGAAAAGUCUAUUGUAAUACCCUAAAAUAUAGGUAAGGAUUUCUGACAAAACAAUGCAUUAGGUUGUAUAUACGUUGAUAUGUAAAUUUAAAACAGCCACUGGAACCUACCUAUUUAUAACAAACUCAUUCUAAAUGUUUUUAAUGUAAAUAAUAAAUGUAUGGAUAUUUAUCUCAUAUUUGUAUGUUAUAAGAAUUUAAGAACCAAAUCAGGUUCAUAGGAAAAUUUAAAUUGUAAGUCUUCUUUGUACAGGUCAUUAAGCUAAUUUAAGUAUACUCAAUAUUUAUACAUGUUGAUGUUUUAUUGUAUUAAAAUAAUAUUAAUUACUUUUCAUAAAUAUGUAUGUGCCAUAUAAUUAAACAUAUAUUAAAAGUUUUGUUGAAGAAUUAUAAUGUUUUGUAAAUAAAUAAAAAAU